CCGGCAGCGGCCCCGCCGCCAUGGCGCCGCGGGCGCUGCCGCUGCUGCAGCCGGGGCGGCGGCCGCGCCCGGGGCAGUGGUACCGGCUGAGCCCGCGCGGGGAGCGGCCCCGCGGCCGCGUGGGACUCGGCUGCCUCCUCCUGCCCGGCCGCGUCCUGCUGCUGGGUGGUGCCGACCCCGCCGGGGCCUUCGCGGACGCGCAUUUCGUGGAGCUGGCCCCGCUGCGCUGGGUCCCUGCCGGCUGGCGCGGACUGAGGCCGCGCUACGAGCACGCCACAUUGCUGCCGGCCGGCGGCCCCCCGCGCCUCUGGGUGUUCGGCGGAGCCCACCCCGCCGGGAACCGCGGCUGCGUUCAGGUGCUGGACCCCGAAAUAGGAACGUGGGAGAGCCCUGCCGUGAGGGGGGAGCAGCCGCAGCCUCGGACAUUCCACACGUCCUCGGCGGCCAUCGGGGCCCGGCUGUUCGUGUUCGGGGGUGGAGACAAGGGAGCGGAGCCGGUUAAAGACCAGCGGCUGCACGUGUUCGACACAGCCACUCUGGCCUGGUCCCAGCCAGAGACUCAUGGUGAUCCGCCUUCCCCUCGGCACGGACACGCCGUGGUUGCAGUUGGGACCAAACUCUUCAUCCAUGGAGGUUUAGCUGGAGAUGUUUUUUACAAUGACCUGUUCUGCAUCGACACAAAUGACAUGAGAUGGGAGAAGAUCCCAGCCACUGGGGACAUCCCUGGAGGACGGGCAUCCCACUCCUCGGCAGCAUUCCAGGACCACUUGUACAUUUUUGGUGGAAUAGGUCCAGAUGGGACACUGGAUACUACAUACAAGUAUCACACAGGAAGGCAGCACUGGACACUCCUGCAGUUUGAGUCUCCCCUGCCCAGCGGGAGGCUGGACCAUGCCAUGUGUGUCAUUCCCUGGCAGGCUGGGGCACACGGGGACACAGGGGACCCCCCAGCUGGGACAGAGCCCCCUGUGUCAGCAGGUGCCAGAGCUGAGCCCCUCCAGCAAGGCCUGGGAGAGGGCUGUGCUGAAGACUCCUUUGUCCAUCUGCUCUUUGUGUUUGGGGGCAUGGACACACAGGGGCAGAUACACAGGGACUGCCUGGUCACCCUCAUCCAGUAGAGUCCCCACAGCAGCAGCCUCGUGCCCUGGGGCUAAUUGUGCCCCUUUAACAUGUCCUUACCCUGGGGCAACUGGCACGGUGCUGGCACCCCUGAGGGACAGGGGCUCUGCCUGAACAUGGUCCUGCUGCAGCCCCAGCCCAGGGAACGUGGCAGGAGCCAAGGUGUUUAAAGGCACUGCUGGAGCUGGCACCAGACAAGGUCAUUCUGGACUAAUCCCAUGGAUUGGAAAAGGAUCAGUUAAAUAAAGAGACCAAAUUUCAA